AUGUUUCUUUAUAUAAACUCUCAUAUUUGUCUCACUCAUUCUCCCCUUUUACUUUUUUUUCUCCUCACCCUCUACCCCCCUCUCUCUCAUUGCUGCCAUCCAUACUUUCCCUCAUUUCUUGCUCUCCACACAUCUUUGCUCUCCACACAUCUUUGCUCUCCUGCAUUUUUCUUUCCUCUUUCUACAUUCUUUUCCUUUUUUCUUCUCAUAAUUUUAAUCUUUUCUCUCUUCGUUUUUUCCUUUUUUCUCCCCAUUUUUUACUUUGCUUUUUCUCUCCCCACUUUUUUCUUUACUUUUUCUCUCCCCACUUUUUUCUUUACUUUUUCUCUCCCCACAUUUUUAUUUGCAUUUUCUCUCCCCACAUUUUCCUUUCUUUGCAUUUUUUUCUCCCCACAUUUUUCUUUCUUUUCCCUUCUGUUUGGAUUUUUUUUCAUUUUGUGGUUUUAUUUCCUUCUCUACCAUUGCUCUCAUAUAUUUAUUCCCUUAAUUUCUCAGGCAGAGAUAUGCACUACUGUGCCCAUUGAAGAGAAAAAAAAACUUGCUUUACAACCUGCUUUCUGA